GCUUAGGCUCAGGUCCAAGAUGGCAGCAUGCUUCUCACGGGGUGUCGUGGAUGUGAAUUCCAGUGAGGAUCCUCAUUCCGACGUUCUCAGUUUGCACCUUUCACCCAAAUGCCAUUCAGAAGAGACCGUGGCCACGAAUAAGAAGAACAAGAGCCUCGUCGAUACCCUUCCAAAAGCGAAUGAUCACUUGGUGAAGGAUGUAGCCAACCUUGACAACUUAGACAACGACAACUUCAAGUCCCUAUUGGAGGAAGCUUACUCUUAUCGCAAUCACAGUGACCGCCACCACAAAAGUGACCUUUUUAAGGAGCUACUAAAGCAGGCAGAGGAGAGUGAUAGUGGAGAGGAGAAGAUCUUUGGUCAGAUUGGGAAGAGCAAGCGAAGCGAGGGAAAGAAGAAGAAGCGAAAAGAGAGUGGUUCAUCAUCAAAUAGCAUUGCUGCUCGUCAAUCAGCUGGUGGAUCUCUUCAGGAUCUAGCCGGUGGUAACGGGAGGAAGAAGAAGGGACAUGCCCCACAAUCUGGGGCCAAUCACUCCAGUACUACCAUCACCUCAGGGAGCAUAUCCACACGCACCAGAGAGGGUGGCUCUUGUGGAAACUUAUCCAAGGCCUCAUUUGAGACUUGUGUGCCUGGGACUGGGAAAAAGCGUCGAAAGCGGGGCCAAGCAGGUCACUCUGGCUCUUUGGAGAAUCUGACUGAGAUCUCUGAGAAUGAGACUCAUGGGAAGCGCCGCAAGAGCAAAAAGGGGAGGGGGCAUGUAUCAGAACGGGGUCAUGGUGGUUCUCUUGAGGACAUUCGUCAAGAGGAGGUGACUCCCAAGGACAAAUCCAAGGAAAAGAAAAAGAAGUCUGAAGCUUCACCACCGUGUGUUUCUACACGGACAAAACCAGGUGGUUCACUCCAAGAUGUGAGUCAGGGGAGAAGUGCACGGCUGAAAAAAUCAGGCAGCACAAGUUCAGUUGAGUUUGGCAAAGCAAGGCCAAGUGAAAGUGUGACAAUUGACAUGGGGGAGGAUGCUGACUCAGGUGUUUGUAACCGGUAUUAUGGGUCUGUGAACUCUGAGGACUGUGGGUGUGUAAAGGAACUUAGUGAAUGUGAAAUGGCAGGCAGGUACACUGUAGAUGCAGUGCCUCGGGACAUCAAUGAACUGCGAGACUUAAGCAAUGCCAGCCGCUCAUAUGCAAACUGUGAACAUGAACCUGGAGAAGGGAAGCCACUCUUGGGGGAUUCUAAAGUCCCUUAUCAGAAGCUUGUAAAUGAUUGUGAGAAGACUCAGGUGGAUGACAGCUUGGAUCUCCCUCUGGGGAUGCCAAAGUCAUCAAUGGAGUUACAGGAAACUGUUGGUGCUGUGACCCAUGUCAACUCCCAAGUAUCAAAUAUGCGCAGUACUGACUAUCAGAGCGUCAAGCCUUUUCUUAGUGAUUCCACUUCACCCAAAUGUAACGAUCAGGAUUCCAUCCAGGGCCGACAGAUCAAUUCAGCACGGGACCACUCAGAGAAAUCUAAUCUGGAUGAGAAUGGGAAUCCCAUGUCCAUGACACCUCUCCCCAGCAAUACUGCAUUCUCUGAUGCAUUUGGAGACCAGGUGUCUGCUGAAAACUCUGGGUCUGGGCUUGGCUUCCAUGACCGUAAGAAUGGGAAGAAGCGCAAAAAUAGGCAAAAGGAGAAGGGUGUUGCAAAUGAAACCAAAUCAGAGGAGAUCUCAGGUCAUCGGUGGAGAGAGGACAUAGAAGAGCAGGUGCGUUUCAUCGAGUCUUCAACCUCCAUGACACCCAAUGGGAAGAAAGCAUCUAACAUGAAGGUCCUGAACAAGAAGAGGACCAGCCCUAAGGACAUGUCUAUGAAAAAAAGUGAUGAGAAGAGUGAAAGUGGAAGUGAUGACAAUGAUGAUCCAAAGACUACCAGUACACUGAAGCGAUCAAACAGUCUUGGAGACAUCACCAGCAAGCCUGAGCCAGAGGUGCACAAGUCCCCACUUUCUGUUAUUGAUCCAACAAGCAUCAUGAACAGUGUGGACAUAUUUUAUGCUGAUGAGUCAUCAGUGGAAUUCCAGACAGUGACUAAGAAGCAGAGGCGCAAAACACACUGGCAAGGUGUGAAUGCCAUACGUCCCACUGGUUCUAACCGUUCUCAGUCUCAUUAUUACAACAACUACUCCCAUGGCUGGGAGGAACCAAGAGUGAUGAAUCACCCUCGAGAUGUUUAUGACCUGGCCAUAUCCCACCAUUGCAAUCUGCCACGCCCAGUCAAGAUGGUCACAUCCAGUGUCCCACCAUCAGAGCACUCAGACUCUAGUGAUGUUGAAAGUGUGCACUCUAUUUCUGUGAACCCCAAUGGGUCUACAUAUGCAGACAUUGCAGCUCGAAUGAAGAAACCAUCAUUAACGAGCCCGCCAUCAGUGCGUACAACGGUGUCAGCUGUGGUUUCGCGGAAAGAUGUUUCUACUUGCACUCUUAAUGACAGCCUCACCUCACAUGGGAGGCUGUUGCUGCUCAAUUCAUCCUUGAUUUCGCCUCAGCCAGAUCAGGUGAUAUUACCGGCCCACAUGAUGGCCACAUCCAAGUCCCCACCUGAGGUGAAUUUCCUUCAAGAAGAGUAUCCUAGUCUGGAUGAAGUGAGUGGGCUUGUAGGCUGGAGUAAGAAUGGCAAGCCCCACCCAAAUCCCCAACCUUUGAGUGCAAUAGCUAGAAAUGAUAAUGACCACGGGGUUGGGAAGAUGAUCCUGAGGUCAAUGAUGAGUGACGGUACGACACAGACAGAACGGCGGGAGAGCUCCAGUGAGAGUGACUCAGCUCCAACAUCAACUCAGCCUCAUGAGGAUGUCCCUGAUACUCCCGUCCCACCUGUCAUCAUUGUGGGGAUGGAUAUGAACAAUGCCAUGAGUGGAGUUCCUGACUUGACGUUUGGGUUUGAAGUGAAUGAGGAACUCUUGAAAAAGUGUGAUAGCUCCUCUCAUCUGGUACCUGGACCAGAUGAGGGUGACAUGACUGAGAUCCAGUGGGCAUUCCUCCCACCGCCUACCACUGAUGUGCCUAGCUUCAAUCUGGACAGUGUCCUCAGCUUCCUCCGGCAAAGCUGGAGUCAGGUGGAGGGAGAGUAUGCCAAAGCUCAGGCAGCAUUGCCAUCAUCGUCAUCAUCAUCACCAGAGCCCUCUAUCACUGUGUAUCAUCAUGUGUGA